CCAUGCUGUGUGGCCAAAUGUGCCUGCAUCUUUCUUGAGCCGUGCUGUCUAUCCAAUGGUACCGCCAUGCGCGUCCAACAGCCCCAGCGAGUACCGAAAUGCGAGCGCUAAGUAUCAGCAGGCUCAGUGCUUCAAAGGGGUCAGCACUAGCGGCGAGCUGGCAGCUAUGUGGCCAGCGCCCGCUAUGCUCGGCUGCGCCGCCUUACUACCGCAUCCCACCAGCCUUGCCCGUGUAUGGUGCGUCUAGCAGUAACCUGGAGCAUCUAUACCGAUUGUUUCUGGCUUCUACGUCUGCUUGCACGCCGCAGCAACAUACAGCACUCGUACGGAGUAGCGACCGUGGCCAAUCCGCCGGAGACGACGCGCCAUUCUUCUCGCCCCCGUAUGUCGGAUCGCCAAAUGGACCGGCUGAGCAGCAGCAGCAGCAGCGGCAUCCGCACCCGCAGUGGCAAGUGGAUGGAGCUGUACAGCACAGCACUGGGGCUCCAGAUCCGAAUGAAGGAUCUGGAGGGGGCGAAGACGAGGGGAGCUCACCGCUCGUCUCCAAGCACGAGUAUCGGCUCCGUCUCGGCAGAGCGGUGCACCUCCUUCGCUCAACGCUUCCAGAAUUCAUGUCCACGGGCUUGGUCGAUUACCCGGGCGAUCCUGUGUCCACUGCUGACGGGCUGGAGCCGCACAUGACCGUUGGAUCCCUUCUUGUCGAUCCAUUGCGAGCAGCUCAAGGACUUUUCUUCCAGCCGGAAGAGCACGGUUGCAGCGACAGCAAAGGGAAUCGCAAGGAGACCGACCACAGCAUUUAUCAUCCGAAGAUCCAAUUCAUCUUUCGCGCGCCCGUCGGACUUGGUGCGCCGGCCAAAGUGAAUGUUGCACAAUCUCAAGGGGCAAACAGCGAUCACGGCCUGGCGAUAGGUUUUGGCGGUCGGACACUCUACCUGACCUCCGCGCAAGUCUUGCGCACGGCUUUGUCGGCUCUGUUCGCGCGAACGAGUGUCGACAUUGAAAAGAUUUACUUUGUCGGUGACGGAGCUGGGCGGCGCUCCGCUGCGCAGCACGGCGGCCACAAGAGACGAACGCUUCGUUCGCCGCCUGCGCCUUCUGACCCCCCAUCUCCACCAAAUUCGGGCGAACAAGUAGCCCCUUGGCAGAGUGCAGAGCCUCGAACCUCGACUCCAGCGGAUGAGCUCAUCGUUCGGCUUAUCUUCCGUGGCGUCAUCCGUGUCACAAGGUAUGCGCACGAGUACACUGCCGUUUUUCGGUAUACUUUUGAUCCUGAUACUGGUCAGAUCAUCAAGCAUGCCGUCGAGCGCAUCCAGCCGGCGCCCGGACGGAAGCUCUGGGCCGGCCUGACACUCGCGCUGAAGAGAGCCAGCUUUGGGUUUGGGGGUAGCGGAUGGGACGGUCCGACGCCCGCGCCUCAUCCGACACCUCGGGGUGUCGGAUGUCAUGCUCGGGGCGAUACAGAUCAGCACAAUUAAUUUCGGUGCUCAUAUUCUUAAAACAUAAAUGUCAUACUCUGCAGGUAUGCGUAUGAACUGAAUUUCCUCGUAUCUCAUAUAUCCCUAGGCCAAGAAAUAUUUCCCUUUCAAUCGCCGUUGCUGCGUCCAUAUCAAUGGCCUUCAGGCAUCUUCACAAACGUCUUGGUGCCCUGGAAAGUCCCCAUGUAGCCCGGCUUGCG